UAAGAUGUGAGUCUCGACCAAAGAAGAAGAAAGAAAGAAAGAAAACGCAGAGAGAGAGAGAGGGAGAACAACUGGAGGAGACGACUGUUAGGUCGGGUGGUUCGUUUCGACUUGAUUCGCUUAUACUAAACCUAAUCAUCCAUAACUCACGGAGCUUCACAGCAUCCAAUGGUGAAUUUUGUAUAGUGGACAUGAAAGAAAGGAAAACUACUUCCACACUUAAGCGCAUUUUGGUUAACUGUGGAGCUCAGGCAAAAGAAUAUGGGAGUUGUGUUGCAGCAAAAGUUCCAGAGGUUGAACGGGAUAUGUGUCUGAAAGAAUUUCUUGCUUUGAAGAGUUGCAUGCAGAAUGUGCUGCGGGGAAAGGCUUGAAGUGCACUAAUCUUUCAUUGCUCUGUGGACAGUGUAAAUGCAGCAAGUGCCAUUUCAAGUAUCUAGUUCAGUAGUUAGAAGAACACAAUUAAAAAGUGCAUGUAAACAAGUAGUGUUGCUACUCUUCAACUUCUCUAAUUAAAAGAUUGACUCCAAAGAGAUGUCUGGGAAAGCAUCGAGUUCUCAUUCUAAUGUUGGUUUAAAUGGAUCUGGCGCAUUAUCACAUGUUUAUAUCCAAUAUCCACCCCUAAGAAGCAGUAUUUCAGGUGUGAGGGGUUUAUUCUAUGAUGAUGGAAGUAAACUUCUUAUAUCACCGACAUCAGAUCAGGUUUUCUCAUGGAAAACGGUUCCCUUUGCUCCUAGUAUUUCUCCAACAAGUGAUUCAAUUAGUGAAGGGCCCAUUUUAUCUAUUCGGUAUUCAUUAGACGGAAAAUUUAUAGCAAUCCUACGGUCUUCUCAUGAGAUAGAGUUUUGGCAUAGAGAAAGUAAUGAAACUUUUAGUCAGAGGUGUCGGCCAGACUCCGAGAGUAUUUUGGGAUUCUUUUGGACAGAUUGUCCAUUGUGUGAUAUUGUACUAGUAAAGACGAGUGGACUGGACUUGCUUUCUUACAAUUCGGAGUCAAAAUCACUCCAGUUGGUGGAAACAAGGAGAUUGAAUGUGAGUUGGUAUGUUUAUACUCAUGAAAGUCGCUUGCUUCUUCUUGCUUCUGGAAUGCAGUGCAAGACCUUCAAUGGAUUUCAGCUUUCAUCUGCUGGGAUUAUUCGCUUGCCAAAGUUUGAGAUGGUAAUAGCUAAAUCUGAGGCUAACAACAAGCCAGUCCUCGCUGCUGAAGAUUUAUUCAUCGUCACUGUGUAUGGAAGAAUAUACUGUCUUCAAGUCGAUAGGGUUGCAAUGCUUCUCCACUCCUAUAGGUUUUACCGUGAUGCUGUUGUGCAACAGGGCUCCUUGCCAAUAUAUUCAAGCAGGAUUGCUGUGAGUGCGGUUGAUAAUGUGCUGCUUGUUCACCAAAUUGAUGCAAAGGUUGUUAUACUGUAUGAUGUAUUUACAGAUUCUCGAGCACCUGUAUCAGCCCCACUUCCUCUGUUAUUGAGGGGUCUCCGCAGGUCUAAUAGUGCUUCCCUGCGAUCACAUAGAGAAGAUAAUGGAAGUUCUGUGGAUAGUGCUAUAAAUAGUCAUGAAGUAGUUGUCUAUGGAGAUGGCUGGACCUUUCUUGUUCCGGAUCUCAUUUGUGAUGUUGUGAAUCAAUUACUGUGGAAGAUUCAUAUUGAUUUGGAGGCAAUUUCUGCGAGUAGCUCAGAUGCACCAGCCGUAAUAGAAUUCUUGCAGAGGCGGAAGUUAGAUGCUAGUAAGGGUAAACAGUUAUGCUUGUCAAUAGCAUGCACGGCCAUUCUAGAACACAGACCCGUCUCUAUGGUUGCCAAAGCAAUUAAUGUUUUGGUGACCUCGUACUCCCACUCAAUUAAGACAGGGAGCUCUGUUAAAACAACAAAAUCUGAGAAGACAUCUGCUUCUGGUGUGCCUCAUGUUACUAGCCCUAGACCCGGUGUAGAUGAGUCAGUCAAUAGAGUAGAUGCCCUUGGAAAAUCUGUCAUACAUGAUUCUACAGCCGGGGAUAAUGAGCCAUCUAAUAGGUCUACAGCUUUCUCUAAUUCAGAUUCUGACGAUAGUGUGAACUCUGAAUCAGCACGGAAUAAUUCGAAUGGUCUUCAUACCAUUGAUAGUAAAGUGGACAAAAGAAGGUUGAUGGGUGGUGAAACUUCCUGUGUUGCAGUCAUGCCAUCGGCUGUUGGACCAAGUAACAACUCAUUGAUUGCCAAUACUGACGAGCAUCAAGAAUCUCAAAUUACUUCACCUGCAAUUUCACCUGAUGAGAUAUAUAACUUUGUGUUUGCAACUGUUGAGGAAGAGAUGGUGGGGGAUCCGUCUUACUUGAUUGCCAUCAUUGUUGAGUUUCUUCACAGUGCUAAUUUGGAAAAGGUGAAAGUUCAUCCCAAUCUGUAUGUUUUGAUGAUACAAUUGUUAGCACGUGGCGAGCGAUGUUCAGAGCUUAGUUUGUUUGUUAUAAACAAGAUUCUUGAACCUUCUAAAGAGGUUGCAGUGCAACUCCUAGAGUCUGGUCGUCAAAAUCCCCAAAUUAGAAAGUUAGGUCUGGAUAUGCUAAGGCAGCUUGCUUUACAUCAUGAUUACGUACUGUCGCUAGUUCAAGAUGGAUAUUACCUCGAAGCUUUACGGUAUGCUAGGAAGCAUAAGGUCGAUACAGUACGGCCAUCUCUGUUUCUUGAGACAGCGUUAGCCUCCAAUGACUCACAAAAUCUAGCUGCAGUUCUAAGAUUCUUCUCAGAUUUUACACCAAGCUUUAGAACCACAUCAGAUCACAAUACAUACUACCGGAUUCUCAAGGAGAUGAACUCUACGGCUGCUGCCUGAAACGUGCAUGUUUUUUUGGUAAAAAACAGUACAAGUCUAAAUUAUUAGGAAAGAACCACACGUCAAGUUCUAGAUACAACAGAAGCCAAAUAAGUUUAUUUCAGUUAAAUAUAUAUAUUAUAUUAUUCUUUUUAGUUAUUUAUAGUACAUUGUUUCGUGCUCAAUUCCGAAAUUACAGGACUUUCUGGUCAUCUUGAAUCAUGUACUUUUUUCUUUGAAAAAAACAACGUGGUUAUCCACGAUUGUAUAAUGAGAUUGUUGGGAAACCAAAAUGUUAGAUUAAUGUGAUUGGUCUUGUUAUUUGUCA